AUGUUCUCGGCAGCCCUCGCAUUCCUCAGGCCAUCGACUUCAGCACCCAGGCAAGCAUUCGCCCUCCCCCAGCUGCUCGGCAGGAAUGUCGGUGAGGGGCAGGUCAGGUUUAGGGGUCAGUUGGCGCCGAGAAGAACGAAAUAUAGAAAGGCUGGCAAGGGAGCUCCUGGAGGAGGUUCUCUGAAAGGCUCAACACUCCACCACGGCACAUUCGGUCUCCGAGCAUGCUCCUCUGUCCGACUCUCCGCCGCUCAAUUGACAUCCUGCCAAGCCGCCGUCCGCAGAAGAAUCAAGCCCGUCAAGGGCGCCCAGUUCUACCUCCGCGUCUUUCCAGAUAUCCCCGUGUGUGUGAAGGGUAACGAGCAGAGAAUGGGAAAGGGAAAGGGAAGUUUCGAGUAUUGGAGCUGUAGAGUUAGCCCGGGGAAGGUCAUCAUGGAAGUGGGGGGGGGGAAUAUCAGGGAGGAAGUCGCCAAGGCUGCCCUAAAACUCGCCCAAGCCCGUCUCCCCCUCCAAACCGAAUUCAUAACUACCUCCUCCUUCCCCCGCCUCGGCUCCAUCUCCUCCCCCACCCUCACACCCCCACCUGCCGCCCAGCCCGUACCCAACAACCUCGCAUGGAUGGACGCCAAGGAAGAAGGCGGAGCUAGAAAGACGGUGUUGAAGAGGGAGGAGAGGGAGGUGGAGGAGGUUGUGAAGGGAUUGGGAGCUUUGGAGCUGAGCAAGGGUGGGGUUGGGGAGGGGGCGAAGGGGGUUGAUGCGUAA